AUGUUAGCGCUACCCACACAACGUCACCACCUUUCAACCAUACCGUCACCACCAUCUUCACAUUCCUCCUUUCAACAACUACCCCAGCAAUUCGCUGCACAACACCUCUACGACCAGAAGCUCCUCAACGACUACGUCGAGUCUCAGCAACAAAUUUACGGCACUUCGUCUGGUAGUGCACCCAACCUGUACAUGACGAGCGCAUAUACCGAUUUCGCAAACCCGGCCAUCCGCAUUCAGCAGUCGACACCAACACCACAGCUUCCUCAGGGCUUCGCACAACCCCCGAUGCUUUCGGCCAACAACACCAACACUGGACUCGAGUCCUGGAACAACUAUGGUAACGUGCAAGGUCAAUCUCUCCAGACACCUUCGCAGAACCAGAACCGCAACCGCGGCCACCAGCGCGCCUCAUCGUCGUCUUCUGUAGGCUCAAGUGCCUCGCAGUACCAAGCCGUCGGACCUUCAUCAGGCUACCAGUCGUUCCAGAACCAUCUGCCUACACCCUCUCAAACACCUACUCAAGACUCCUUCAUGAACGGCAACAACUUCAGCAGCAACUUUGCCCCAAACAUGGACCACACCAUGUCAGCCCAUAUGUCGAUGAAGCAAGCGCUCAUGGACCAGAGUGAUGACGUACCAGACUACGCGCACUCCACUGGGCAAUCAGUAUCAAGUUACGGUCACGACUCUCCUGCUACGCCACACACAGCACAGGACGACAUGGACUUCAAGACGCCUGCCAAUGAUAUGCGCCCUGUACCCAAGUUCGAAAGGACAUACACCGACAUUGCUGCCGACACUGGCUUCUACGAGCCCAGUGCCGUCACCCAAACAGUGUCGCAAUCAAAGCCAGCACAGUCUUCGUUGCUCUCGCCAUACCGCAGCAACGCCAACGAAAACGUACAGCGAGCGCUCCAGGCAGCACAGUACGCGCGCUCACAGUCGCCAAGCAGCACUGCCUCAAGAAGUGACUCACCCUUCCGCAAGAGCUCACCUUACCGUCAGCCGAGCAACUCGUUCAACUCACCCAUGAACACUGCUAUUGCUGCACGUGAGCAAAAUCGCCAGGCUGACGCGGCUUAUGCUAUGAAGUCUCAGAUGCAAUCGAGCGAUGAUUCCGAGCCAAAGACCAUCUCCCCCAAGGAUGCCCUACUGGACUUCCGGGAAUCGGACGAAGAGUCAAAGGUUCCACUGUUCCCGGACAGUGGCGCUAGCGAGUACGACGGCCAAUACAAUGGUGGCGAACAAUAUAGGACUGCUACUCAAUCCAGCUUCGACGCACCAUCCUCAUCACAGUCCUACGGUCGCGACAGUUGGGCAACACCACAAUUCUCACCAAACUUCUCUACUGCAACCGCUCCAUCAUUACAACAGUCGUCCAGCUUCAACUUCGCCACACCAUCAAUAGGGAACAUGCACAGUUUGCCUAUGAACGCGCCAUCUCAGUACCGAUCAACACCCAACACUAUGGCGUCGGCCGUCGACCAGACACCCGAGUUUCCUGCACACUUGACGUCGAUGGAAUCUAGCGCAAGCGAAGCUGAGCCACCGAACGGCAGCCAGAACAGCGUCUUGUCCGACCGCUACAUGACAAAGCCAACAUCUACCACUGCUGAGUCUGGUACCUACUCAUGCACGUACCAUGGCUGCUCCCAGCGUUUCGAGACCCCACAAAAGCUUCAGAAGCAUAAGCGUGAGGGUCAUCGAAGUGCCAAUCUCAGCACGGCUAUGACGUCGGCGGCUAUUUUGGAGCGUAAUUCGCAAGCGGGACCCCACAAGUGUGAGCGCAUCAACCCCACGACUGGCAAGCCUUGCAACACUGUAUUUUCCCGCCCUUAUGACCUCACACGUCACGAGGACACAAUACACAACGCGCGCAAGCAAAAGGUUCGCUGCGCACUUUGCGUCGAGGAAAAGACUUUCUCGCGCAAUGACGCAUUGACACGCCAUAUGCGCGUCGUGCAUCCCGAGGUUGACUUCCCCGGAAAGCACCGCAGGCGUGGAGGUAACCACGACUGA